CUUUUUUUUUUUGUUCUCACAUGACCCUUGGGGGCCGCCGUAGAUCACCUCGGCUACAGUGUGAUAUCAUCUGGUGUUUGUUAUCCAGGCUGGAGGAAGACAGGCACAGAGGAAGAGAUGGAAAAUGAGCUCAGGCCAGGCCGAGGCCGAGCUGAAUGAGUUCAGUCCGUACUACAGGAAGCAGUUCUCUGUGGCCCAGUUCUCUCAGGUGGAAGACGACCUGGAGCAGCACAAAGAGAAGAUCACGCAGCUGCUCAAACAGAGGGAGGCUCCUCAGGAGGCAGAGGUGCUGUACGAGGAGGGCGUCUUCUACUUUGACGACACCAGGAAGUGGAGGGAGAGGUACGUGGUGGUGAGAGCCAACUACUGCCUGGAGUGUCACGAGAGUCUGGAGAGUUUUGUUAAAGGAGUUCCUCCGCGCCACAAGCUGCUGCCUACAGGGGGCACUGUUCUGACCACAGAGGAGCGCUACAUGGCCAUGGUGGACCGCUGUUUUCCUGAUGAUACCAAUGUGAAGGAGGACUUUGCUCCUCCUCUGUCGGGGAUGCCAGGUCAGUUUCCAGUCUACCUGCGUCUGCCCUACAGGAGAGACUCCUACUUCUGCUUCAGGCAGCAGGCAAAGCAGGACGCCUUCCUCUCCAUCAUGUCAGACUGCAUCAGACACCAGAACCAAGACUUCCUGAAGAAGAAGACGUGCGAAGUUCAGGCCUUCCUCAAAGCCAUCCAGCUCUACAGGCAGGUCAAAGGCAAAUAUGAGGCCUGGGACAUGCUGAUAGGAAGCGAUGUCAGGGUGAUGGCCAACGUGGUGAUGGAGCAGCUGCUUCCCUCUCUGGAGAAAGACAUGCUGCCUCGUCUCAAAGCCAAGAAGACAGAGAAGAAGAGAGUCUGGUUCGCUACGGUGGAGGCGGCGUACAUCCUGAUCCAGGAGCAUCUGUUGGAGGGACUGUCGGCGCUGAAGGAGGAAUGUCGGACGUCGGUGCGGCAGCAAGAGGUGACGAUCCACUCCGACAUGGACCAGAUCCUCAACUCCAGACGGCAGCUGGAGGAAAAAGUCCGAGCCAAAGUGUCAGAGCCGGCGGAGAAGCUGUGCUCCGAGUCCGUCCAGCCGUACCUGGGCUCAGUCCUGGAGGAACUGAUGGAGCCGAUCAGUUCGGGUUUCCAUGAGGGACGCCAGCUGAGCGAGAACAUGAUGGACCAGGUGUGUCAGGACUUCCUGGUGGGAAGAGAGAACGAGCGACUGAAGAAGGCUCUCGCUGACAUGUCGAGACUGAACCUGCAGAGCUGCUACCAGAAGAUCGGCUCCCUGCAGGAGAAGCUGCAGCACCUGCAGGAGAGAUUUGCUUUCUCAAACAUCACAGGAGUGAUCCACAGCGCCCAGAUCGACCUGCAGCUGCUGAUGGAGAACGCAGCUUACACGUUUGAGCAGCUGCUGCACAAAGCCGUCCAGGACAACCCAGACAACGCCGGCUCUGCCAUCGAAAAGGCCAAACACAGAGUGCUCAAGCAAUAUGACUAUGACAGCAGCACAGUGAGGAAGAGGAUCUUCCAGGACGCUCUCGUUUCCAUCACACUGCCCUUCAUCAAGAGGAACCUGGCCCCCACCUGCAAAACUGAGCUUCAGGAUCUUGAACAGUCCAUCUACUCUGACCACUCUAACUUUAUCCACGUUGAGAACGUUUAUGAAGGCAUCCUCCUUCAAACUCUGGACAAGGAGGUCACCAAAGUGGUGAAGGAAGCGGCGAGCCUGAAGAAAUACAACCUGUUCACAGACAGCAGAGACCUGAUUAGCCAGUCCAGCCGCUCCAGCCUCUCCUCCCCGUCCGUCUCCACUCCGGGCAGUCCUGCCAUGGCGCUUGCCUCCCCGUCUAAAACUUCCUUUGAGCCCCAGCCCCCCUCUCCUCUUGUGGUGAAUGGUCUGUCUUCAAGCCCCCUAAAGGGAGAGCAGCAGGAGAAAGAGAACGGCGUGCUGCCAGGUGAAUCCUCAGCGGACAUGACAGUGAUUGAGACGCCUCUGGGGAAAGUUGAACAAAAAGAGAUUGAUCAGAGCGUCGCUGUCAGCGAGGAAGAGGAGAUACCUGCACCCGUAGCAGAAGAGGUCAUCCAAACUGUGAAGGCAGAAGAAGACGCCACUGUUGCACUUGAGGCGGCAGCUUUAAUAGACACACCCACUGCGAAUGGGACACAAGAAGUUAACGUAGCAGCCGCCCCAGAGACUGUGACCCAAGAGGAAGUGAUUUCUGUCAAGACAGAGAAAGUUGAAUUGGCUGCUGAGCCGGAGACGCAGAGCACAGAUGCUCUAAAAGAAGCAGAAGUAGCUUUGGAAGAAGUUCCCACUGUUGUAGAAAGUUUAAAGACAGAUGCAAAAGAAGCUGCUGAACAAACAGAAGCUCCUGAACCAAGUCCUGAUCCUUCAAAUGAAGCAGUCCCAGCUUCAGCAGUGGAGACUAGUUCCCAGCCAGUAACCAGCAGUGAUGAAGACAGACAGUGCGAGAGCUCAGAAGUCAAGUCAGAGGCGCCCUCUGGUGGUGAAGCCCCUGUAGUAACAUCUGGAGAUGUCGGCCUGGACUUGGAGGGAAACAAAGCAGAGCCAGUUCCUGUCUCAGAUCCUAAUCCUCUGGAUGUGUCAGGAGGAAGUGAGUCACAUGCGUCAGAUGUGGAGUCCACAGAGGAAGUCAAGGUCACACAGAGCAGCCAGGAUGAAGUCUCAACAACCUCUGAUGUCUUGGAAGACGAGGCCAUCGUCAGCAAAUCACCCGUGAGCUCAGAAGACGCACCUGAGGACAAAAGCACAAGCAGCGAGCCGUCUCCUCAGACCCAAAAAGAGGACGACACGAGCUGCGAUGUCAGCGUGGGCGGGGACAUGGAAGCAGGAGCGAGUGUAAACGUGGAGGCAACCUCUCCGUCUCCUGGGCCCGACAAAGAGGAAACCCCGUCCAGCCCUGAGGCCCGGCCACAAGACUGCAUCAAGGACAUCCGAGACCUGGUGGUGGAGGUGAUUGAGGUGGAGGAGCUGAUGCAGCAUUACCCAAGUGGAGUUCCUAAAGACGAAUGAAGCAUCACAACCAAUCACAACAGCGUGACAAGAGGACAUGUGGGCCAAGUGUUGAUUCAUCAGCGCGAGGGACAAAAUAAUUCAUUCAAUUUCUUUGGUCUGCUGAAAGAUGUAACAGUAGCUUCCAUUUCUGUGAUAAAACGAGGACACUUCCUGUCUGAGCAGAAACAGGAACUUUCUCAAACACUUCCAUGAAUUUUUAACACAUAUGCAUGAAAUGACAUUAAAUUAUUUAUACAAAUUAAUAUCAUUUACACAAAUCAUUACAUCAGCUGUGUCAGGUAUAGAAAACCAACAGAUCUGUUUCACUCAGUAACUUUGAAGACUUUUUUUUUUUAAACAAUUAAUUUAGCACCAAAUUCUUUUAGAAAACUUAGAUUUAAAACUAUUAUAUGACAGAAGAUUGUGAAUAACUUUCUGGUGUGGUAGAUUAUGAAUCUAUUUUAAAGGAACAGUUGGACACAUUGUAAAAUUUGCUUACACGCUUUCUUUCUGAACGAGGGAUGUGAAGAUGGAUAGGAUAUCUUGAGACAGGGUGUGGUCAGCCUAGUGAAGCAUAGCUCAGCAGGGGAAAGCAGGUAGCCUGGCUCUGUCUAGAGUAAAAAAAAUACACAUACCAAACUCUAAAGCUAAUUAACAUGAUAUAUUUUGUUUAUUGAAUCUGCAGAUUUGAUUAAUUACAAGUAAAAAUCCUGCUUUAUUAGCAGUCUAAUGUACUUAAAGUAUCAGAAGUAAAAGUACACCUUUUGAUUAGUACUCAUCACGUAAAUAUUCCCUAACUCAAACUAUUUUAUAUACAUAUGUGUGUAUGUAUGUAAAUGUGUAUGCACACACACACACACACAUAUACAUAGAUAACAUGCUAAUUAGUCAUCAGAGGUGUUGGUAGAUGUUUUUGGACAUCAGACUUAACUGGGCUAGCUGCUACUAGCUACUUCCAGUCUUUAUGCUAAGCUAGGCUAACCCUGUCCUGAUUCCAGCUCUGUAUUUGACACACAGACAUAAGACUGAUCCAUCCCUCAGAAAGAAAGCAAAUAAACAUAAUUCCCACAAAGUCAAACGAUUCUUCUAAACAGAUAUGUCAGAAUUUAAUUUUCAAUUCAUUUUGAAAUCAUCAGUGAGAUUUAGAUUGUUUAAAAACCACUAUACAGAUGUUUUAACGUAUUAGAUCACAUGAUCUAGAUCAGUAACACUGCCGAAUUCACACUAAAGCUGAACUUUAGCCACAUCAUUUUCUCCUUAAUGUGAUUUUUUUGACCUACUGAGGGAUUUUUUUUUUUGAGCUACCAAAAAAAAAAAAACCUAAUUUAAGUGCCUUUCUGGUACCUCCAUGUCCUCACGUGCCUUAGAUCUCAUGAGGAAGGAAGCCAGCCUCCGUCACGUCGGAGAGACUGGUCCGAGUCUGAACUCCUGUGCCUUUUACCUGUUCAGAGCAUCUUGUACAGACCGGGUUAGUAAUUUACAGUUUGAGUACAGGGAGGAACAUUUGACCAUAAACUGUCCACGAGAUGAAUGUUGGUUAAUGGAAACAAUGUGGAAAUAUUAUUAAUAAAAUAAGAGUCUAUAAACAAACAGCUCUCAAAUUACUUUUGUGUGAACUCUCUACUCUCUGGUUUGAACUCUGGGGAAAGCGGCACAAAAAACAAAUGGUUUUAUUUGCCAAUAAAACAAAUGCACCAUG